GAGAGCUCGCUCGCUCGCUGUGAAGCGCAUGGACUGUGGACGGUGGUCUGGCUAUGCAAUUGAGUUGAUUCCAGACGGCUCUGUUCCAGUUUACUCAGAUCCAGUGCUCUCGCCAUCGUGUGAUCAAUCAAUUUGGGCCACAGAGGAUGAUCACCGUUCUUUGAAUGGCGAUUCCUCUCUGGAGACCAUCCUGCAUCGGUCUCAAGACGGCAGGCAGCAGCCAUCACAGCCCUUAUCCCGGUCAGGCAGUGAGCAAUCUCCGAACAAGAUGCCCGGAGGCUUCUCCCAUGGAGACGCGGUAUUCAGCAACAGUAAUUCCAAGGCUAUUGGGAGACUGUUCUUUAAGACUAAAUUAUGUUGUAGAUUCCGUUCUGGAACAUGCCCAUUUGUCACAAACUGCAACUUUGCCCAUGACAUGGUGGAGCUUCGGAAACCGCCUCCAAAUUGGCAGGAAAUUGUGGCCGCCCUUGAAGUGGGUGAAAUUUUGGAGCCAAAUGAGGAGCACCAUAUACCAAUCCUGACUUCCGCUGUUGUUGGUGAUGGACAUAGAUCUUACAAGGGGAGGCAUUGCAAGAAGUUUUAUACUGAUGAGGGUUGCCCAUAUGGUGAUAUGUGUAGCUUUCUGCAUGACGAGGAGUCAAAAGCUCGAGAAAGUGAAGCUAUAAGCCUUUCACCGGCCGUUGGAGGUGGAGGGCAUGGAGCUGGAGGGAAUGGAUCUAAUCAGAAACCUUCCAAUUGGAAGACGAGGAUUUGUAACAAGUGGGAGAUGACUGGGCACUGCCCGUUUGGCAGUAAGUGCCACUUUGCCCAUGGCACUGCAGAGCUCCAUAGAUGCGGUCGCGGGCUAGUACAAAUUGAAGCCAACGAGGCUUUGCCAGCAGCCCCAGAUACAAUGCAGAGCUUUACAUCUACGAAGGCAACAACCGAUGCUGUUGUUGCUGAUGUUUAUCAUAUGGGAGUCUCUUCACAGAGGUCUACUGUAAGCAAUCCGAGGCAGAGUCAGAGGCCUAUCCAGAAAUGGAAAGGGCCAUAUAAUAUCAGUAGAAUUUAUGGUGACUGGAUUGAUGAUAUCGAUUAGAAAAUCCUCUUACUUACAGUGGAUGGAAACUUAAAACGAUUGAAGAAAACUAUUAGGAAUAGCUAUCUAAGAGUUUUCGUUGUGAUCGAAUGGAUCAACAUGGUUUAUUACCAAGUAACCAUGAAAUAUAAGCUUUCACGCAAAUCUGGCGGUUCAUGGCUGUUCCACAGCUACAGAUAUGGUGCUGCAAUAUGAUGAAGAAAGCAAUCGAAACAUCACUGUGAGCUUUGCUGUUAUAUUCCUUAAGCUGAAUGAGUUUUCAAUUGUUACUGGAACUCAUAUACUUGGCGAUCAAUUAAGUAUGCCAUUUAUCUGCCUAGUUUUGUUUGGAUUUCUCUCUAAGUGGGCUGUUGUCAUUAAAUACUGCACUGUAUGGCCUUUUAAGUGCCACACCUUCGAAACUAGCGUAGUUUGCAACGAUGCUUAGGCUUAGGGUGGUUGGUGGGCGAGCAUGGUUGGGAACCUCCCAUCCCGGGUUUGAAUCCCCUCUACUACGGCCUUGCCUCUUCAGUGAGGCAAAGCAAGUGUGGGCCUGAUGCCGGUGGAUGACCUCGCUAGGUUCCGCCGAGGGAUUAGUUACGCCGUCAACCGCUCCCUUUGGAGUGACAACAGAUGGAUACUCCUGUGCCAAAAAAAACAAAAAAACUUAUUAUUCGGACUGCCUGUUAGGCCAUGUCUGUUGAGAUUUUAUUGUAAAUAAUUUAUUUUUAUUGGUUCUUUGAGUGUAUACUGUAUAAGGACUUGGUAACAUUAUAUGGUUUCUUAAGAGUAUUUUCGGUUUUAUUUC